GAAGAGAAACAACCACGCCUUUACCGCGCUCAUUUUGUGACUGUAACGAGCGGAGGGCGAAGCGCGGUCCCCCAAGCAGUGCGACUCCGGUCUCCAGCAUACAACAACAACAACGAGAACAACGACGACGACGAUGGGCACCAGGUCGGGUGGACGGCGCAGCGCCGCGUCAAUGGGGGCCGAGCUGUCGGACGCCGAUCUCCGGGCGCGCCUCCUGGAGCUGGGCCAGUCGGUGGGGCCCGUCACGGCCACGACGCGCGGCGUGAUGCUCAGGAAAUUGGCGGCGCUCGAAGCGGGAUCCGCCAAGGCCAAGUCCAGCACCACCACCUCCACCACCUCCAGCAGCAGCAAGGUGAUCAGGGCACGGGGCGGCGGCGCGGGCAAUCGGCGAGUUGACGCCUUUAUGUUCAGCUCCGACAGUGACGACGACGACGGCGGCGGCGGCGGCGGCGGCGGUGGUGAUCGAGGAGGGAUUGGAGUGGCAGGCAGAGGAGGAGAAGGACGACUGCCUGCCCCGAAGAGAACCUCGCUGGGGGUCGGGUUCGUGGCCGGUCGGCCGCGACCCCAAGACGGGGCCGUGAGGACUCGAGAAGUGGGCACCGACCCGCGCAAGAAGGCGGCCUUCAGGCAGCAGCAGCAGCAGCAGGAGGCGACGGCGGCCUACUCGGACGACGAUGUCGUCUACGCCCGCGGCGGCGGUGGACAUGUUGAUGGAGCAGCAGAAGAGGAGGAGGAAGAGGAGGAGGAGGAGGAGAUGGACACGCGUGAUGAUGUCUACUCUCGAACCGCGCCUGUGUCGGGCUUGGGGUUGUUCCAGUCGGAAUUCGCCCGGCAUUUGGAGGCGGGAGGCGGCCGUCCAAUGCCCACGAAGCCAAUCGCCGCCUCGUCGUCCCCGUACGGCAACGGCAGGCGCAGCGGCCUGGACAUCGGUUACCCUUCGUCGUCCUACUACUCGUCCUCCUCAAAAUCAUACUCGUCCACAGCAGCCGGAGCCGCUCCAUCUCGGGAUCUUAUCGCGGGUUUCGACACCAGCAGCAGGAUCGGCAGCAGCAGCAGCAGGAUCGGCAGCAGGUACUCGAGCGGCGACUCGGGCGGCCUGCGAAGCAACCCGAUCGCCAGCUCGUCGUCGUCCGGCUUGAGCCUGAGGCACGGUGCUCUUGGCGGAGGCGACGAUGGUGCUCGCGGUGGCAUUGGUGGGGGCGGCGAACAGCGCUCGUCCGCACCUCAAGAACUCGACAGACCGAGGCGCAGCCGCUUCCCAGAGCUCUCCUCGGGCCGCUCGGACGCGACCGGCAUUGAUGCGGCCACUUGGUCCGGCUACUUCCCGUCGACUUCCGGCUGGUUCUCAUCGCGAGGAGGAGGAGCAGAUGGAGGAGUGGGUGGUGGAGGAGGUGGUAGUGGAGGUGGCGGUGCAGGCAGCAGCUCGGCUGGCACCGCCGGGUCGAGGGACGUCCCCUUCGCCCCCUCCUCCUCCUCGCAGCUCUACUCGAGGAAGAAUUUCGCCUCCCACAGCGAGCGGGAUGGCGACAGCGGCCUCGGCGGCGGGUCCUCCUUCAAACUUGGACUGGGCAGAGCGGAGGUGGGCAACUUCGACUCGUACCUCCGUGGUGGAGGAGGAGAAGGGAGAGUGGAGGCCAAGCGUGAGCCCCUCGUCUCGUCGGCCGCGUUGAGAAAGCGCGGAGGCGGAACGACGGCCAAGACGCGGGCUGUCGACAAGACGCCGGCGGCGGACUCGUUCUACGUCCGAUACAAGUCCAACCUGCUGCGCAUCGGCCUGGGCAUGCUGCUGGUGUGGAUGGCCAUCAUCUACCUGCUGACGUGCGGAGAGAACAGCGAUGAGUUUAAGGCCCCCUGCGAAACGACGGAAUGUGAAAAGCGAGGUGUCGACGAGAUCUGCGGAAAGAUGCAUUCUUUGCUCGCCAUUCGUGCAGGUGAACGUGAUUGUGGGUAUUUGAAGGGUCAGAAAGCUGAAUUGCCUGUUGAAAAGGUGAAGGAGGACCCAGAAAUAAAGAGCUACGAUGAAACCGUGUUUCACAAAGCACUGGACGCAAUCGUGAAGAAUGAAGCUCGCUUUGGAAUAAAAGUGCGCGGGCUCGAUGCGAACGUGAAGGUGGUGAACGCGUCUGAUGUGAAGUUCCUCGAGUCGAUUCAUCUUCAGCGCUCCUUUGUGUGCCGCCUGCGCAACGCCGUCGUGCAGACCGUCGUCCGUCUGCUGAUCAUCUUCUUGGCGAUCGCCGUCCUCUGGGGGCUCUACCUCUACGCAAAGUUGUGGCUGAAGCAAAAGGGGGAAAGGAAGAAGCAGGUGUUCGAGCUUGUGGAAAAGAUCUCGGAGCUGGUUCAGCAGCAGAUGCUCGACAGCCAGACCAACUGGAGGGUGCAGCCCUUCCUCCCCAUCCCUCAUGUGCGAGACAGCCUCAUCAAGCCCCAAGACCGGGACCGCAUGCGGCCUGUGUGGGAGCAGGCGGUGCAGUUCAUCGACGCCGGCGAGUCACGCAUCCGCACCGAGAACCAGCUGCUGCAUGGGCAGGACUGCGAGGUCUGGCGAUGGACGUCAUUGCCCACGAGCCCAGGAUCGUCGCCCGCCGCAUCCCCGUGACCCGGGCCCGAGCCGCGUGACCCGGCCCGGGGUCCCGUGACCCGGGCCCGAGCCGCGUGACCCGGCCCGGGGUCACGUGACCCGGCCCCGAGCCGCGUGACCCGGCCCGGGGUCACGUGACCCGGCCCUGAGCUGCGUGACCCGGCCGCCUUGCAGACGGCAGUGGCGAGAUGUUAACUACCUCGCCUGGUGUACACGAGGUUGUGGGUUCGAUCUCCCAGCCCUGACAUCUGUAUAUUUGAAGUUUGCAUGUUCUCUCCAUGGUCGUGUGGAUUUUUCUGCUAGUCCUCCGGUCUUCUCUUCCACAUUUUAGAUACAUGCAUUUAGUAUUUGGCUACUGCUAUACAUUUACACGUGAUAAGCCUCUUCGUUGAGCUAUAAUUUGUAGCCAGAUUGCUUCUGAAAAUGAGCUGCAUAGCUGAGUGGGCCUUACCUGGUAAACUAAUAAUCGUUUAGUUUAUAGUUUAGUUGAGAGGUGUAAAAACUCCCUGUGCCCGCAUUCCCCAUCUUGUCAAAGGAGCCUCCUCCUUUGCUUUCUUUCAUUUGUCGUUUUUUCCCAUUGGUGUCUUGUCAUGAGGUGAGGCUUGAUGCACCUUAAAGCACUGCUUAACCCAUUGUUAAGAGGAUUGCCUGUGGAAGGUGAUAUCACAGAACACUUUCUGAGAUACCUUAAAGUGGCUUUGUCCCUUGACAGUCAAACACAAUUUUUUUUUUUAAUGAGCUGGAAUUUUAUUUUUCUAAAUUGAAAAACGUAAUUUUAGGGGUGUUUUGUUGUUGUUUGUGCAGUGAUUGGUAACCCAACUGAGACAAACAAUUGAAACGCUCCACCUGAUAAUCCAGUUAAAUCACGAGUGGCUGGAACCCAGCUUUGAAAGCAGAUGGCACGGCGAUCUCUGCAAUCUUAUUUUUUUAGAUAAAGUAUCUCCCAGUCCUCGAUCACUGGUCAACUAUAACGGUAGUUCCUCGUCGCUUGUGGAAAUUACAAAUUUCUGCUUAGAAGGGGUUGUGAUUUUUUUUUACCAUGUUGGUGCAGCCUCGUUUUAGGGAGGUGCUGGUUUUUCCCAUUCCCAUUGGGCUAAUUGCUGAUGAUAUUCGAGCUGAGAUUUAAACUGGCUCAUCUCACGCUCGUGAGACCUGCUGUUUAACCAAAUGAUGUAAGUUAUCUGGCUUUUAUACUUGCAGAAUACUUUUAAUUUUGUAAAUUAAUAGAUGAACUAGUUCUUUAUUUUUGUACUUAUCGUUUUUUUCAAAGUGUUUUGUCAAGAUGGGAAUGGGACCCUGUGAUGGAUUGAACACUACCUACUCUGGAACAUGACUUGCCCCUGUGAGGCAACUAGAGAAAUAUUGGGAUGAGCUUACAUUUUUGGAGGUAUUUUCAAUGGUAUUGUAAGAAAGAAAUGUCUUUGCAGUUCUUAAGCCAUUAGAGUCGUGAAAUAUUUCCACAUAAAUCAUUGUAGCAUGGUGAGCUCUGCAGGGGCACUUGUGCAGGGCGUGUGGGGCGCACAAUGCCUUAGGAUGGCACUUAAAUGAGUUUGUUAAACCGGACCUCUGCCAUUCGGAUAUUACGAGUUUGUGUGUUGUUGGCCAUCUAUCAAACACUUUUACCUGAAAACACAUGCUCUCUGAAAACACAUGCUCUCUGAAAACACAUGCUCUCUGAAACAAGCGUCGGGCUGAUAACCCAUAUGAGCUUCAUAAUUUGAAGUUCUAUGUUAUCUUAAUGAAUUUCGCUAAAUGAAAGAACGGAACUACGUACAAUUCGUGUUGGAAUUUUCCCCAAACAUUUGGAGCUCUGAACACAAUUCUGUGUAACUGCACCAAAGGGUGUUCAUUGUUUCCAGGCUGAUGAAAAAUGUUCGGAGGCACCAGUAAAAUUCAGGCAAACAAGUGAUCCCACCACAGUGUGCAGGCAAUUUAAUAAUACGGUAACAUGCUGGUCCACAUGUGCAAGGAAUCCUAAAUUAUACCCAACUCAUGUUGGAGUAAUUCACUCUGCAGUUACCCUUCUGCCGCGCUGAGUAAUCGAUUCAAACAAUAAUACUUGUGACUUGUAAUUCAGGAAUGUUAUAUUACUUGAAGAAAAAAACAACCAGAAUAAAAAAUGUUUGCAGCUUUUGUAGGCGAACUCUUGGGAAAUGCUCAUUUUCCCCAGGAAAAUCGCUUCAGUCGACGGCUGCUGGGCAGCUUGGCUGUUUUCUGCACUUGUGCGGCCAGGCGUGUGUUGGGCAGGUCUGCUGAGGACACGGGCACAGCGCCCUCAAAUCCCCCGCGGCUGCGCAUGUGCAUUUUGACAUUGUGGGCAAUUUGAUACUGGCCAGGGCUUCGGAAACGCAGCAUAGCUAAUGCAGUAUCCCAUGCCACUACAGCAGGUGUGGCUGCCUUAGAUAUUGCCUUAGAUACUGCCUUAGAUAUUGAACACUGCUUCGGUAACUCUGGGUGACCCCACCAAACCCUGGUUUCCACACGUGCGUGAAAAAGUGUCGCCUUGAAUUCUCAGCUCGACAUUUCACUGCCUGCGAAUGGUGCCUGUGGCUAAUAUGCUGGCAUCGAUAAAAUGCUUCAGCAGUUAUGCAGUCAAGUUCAGCGAAAUCUGUUUGAAAGACUUUUCAACAAAAAAAAACUUUAUUCAAAUUCAUUUUAAACAGUUAAAGCAACCGCGGGUAGUCAGUCCGCUUGUAAGAUUUAUAGCGAGUGGCGGAAUUCGUAUAAAUGAGCACAAUUUUGUUAGGGUCAGGGGGUCGUAAUAGUUUUUUUGGUAAUAAAAGAAUUUCAACAUCUGGUUAGGGAGAUGUGGAGAAAUGGGUAAUUGUUAGCACUAUUCAUAAAAAUGCUUGUACUGAAAAUAGACAUUUUGUUAAAGGCAUUGGUAAACAAUACACCAAACUAAAGCAAUAACUUGAACUUUUUUUUUAGGGCUUCAGCGCUAUAAACAUGCGAGUCCGUGAACGGGUGCUUGCAUGUGUGUUUUUAUCUUGCGUAUUUUAGUUGCAUGUCAUUAUUACCAUUUUGUAAUACGACUAUAUACACGUGUUUUGUUUCUCUUAUGAUUUUGAAAUGUGGUAUGAUUAAAUAUUUUGAAUAGGGUACCGAAAAUGUUGACGGUUUCUGCCCCUGUUUCGUUAAACAGCGUUCCUUCUGUAAUGGGGUCUAUAGACACGAACAGCAAUACAGCGGCGACUCUACUUACGAACAUUCGACUUACGAAAUUUCAGAGAUGCGAACAAAGCUGUCCGUAUGUCCAGUUGCCUGUUCGGAUCGAGAGUCGUAAGUUCAACCGCCGCGCAUUAGAUGGCGGUGGUGGCAUCUACAGAACAUGAAGAUCCAGUGGCAUCUGCAGGAGAUUAUACAACUUUUAAAGCCAUUCCCCGUGUUUAGUGUACAUGCCGUAACAACGUGUUUUGAAUCGACAGGAGUAAAGUUGUACUAUUUGCAAACAGGAACCUAACUCGUCCGUAAGUUAUUACGGAACAUCAAUGUUGUUAAACUGCUGGCAAACAUUGGGCAAGUCGGCCGUGGCCGUGGAAGGGCCGCAUGGGACUGCUGUUUGGAUACAAGUUGACCCAUAGCUUGUAAUGAAUGCAGCACAAACUAAAAUUUGUGCUUAUUUGAAUAUAAUUACAUUUUAUCAUCGCCUAUUUUGAAAGAAAAUCGUAAUAGAAGUAUGCGUGUUUCUUAAUAGGCAAGUGGUGUUGUGUAAGGUGUGUGCACCGUUAAAUACAUUCUGUGCUAAAUCUGUCGCCUUCGUGAUUGGGCGCAGUCUUGUAGGUAAUAGGAAUAUAACUAUUUACUCCAUCUAACCAUUUGCUACGAAUAAAGAUGCCUCCAUAAAGAAA